AAAACGUAUAGCUUCAAUAUUACAUUAAUUAAAUUAGUGACUCGAGGACUAGAGAUACUUCGGCAAUAAACCACUCACUAAUUUUUUUUCGAUUUUCAGCGGUGGGAAAAUAUUUACAUAGGAAAUAGUUCCAGUUCGUUUGACUCUCUUUGAUGGGAGGGCGAUUACAAUAAAAGGAUAAGAAGACAGAUUGAAACUUGACCGAAUACUUGGAAGGCGUGACAGCCCACACAUAGAUACUGACGAAGAAUACGGGUACAUUAAGCAAGGUAUGUGUAUGCAGGACCGAUGUACCUUAACCGCUGUCUUAGGAAUCGUCCUAGCUGUCGGUCUAUGCUCAGCUGACAAGGAUAUAUACGUUAAAAAAGCCCAACAAUUGCUAGAGACGAGAAAUAAUCUUCUCCAUAUAAAGGACCUGGUGGGGGCGUUAGAUGGAGAAUUGGAAAGAAUACAGAAAAAGACCUGUGCCAUAGGAGGUGGUCUGAGUCACCACUGUGCGCUACAGGGCCUCAACGACAAGAUGCAGGUUUACGAUUGGUUGAAAAGUGGGCUCAGUCCUGGCAGAAGAAGACGAUCGAUUGCCGACCUCUUUGCAUCAAGUGAUCAACAUGUUGAAAUGAAAAGGAGGAAAUCCCUAUGCUCUUUGAAACAGACACGUGCUCUGUGUGACAAACUAGAGACAAUUAAGAAAAGUGGUGCAAACUUGAAAUCCCAAAACAAGGAUAUCCUAUCAAUAAUUGAUAUUGAUCCUCUAAUAAGAGCCAUCGAGACCCUUAAAAAUAAAAGAAGUGCACUAAACAUAUUGAGAAGAUUGCUAGAAGAUUUAGACGAAGACCUCAUGCUGGAACAAAAGAGGAACUGCUUGUUUAACCUUGGAGGCCACUGUGCUACUGAAAAGGCUGCUUCUGUUGCUGACCAGUGGCACUAUCUUAACAGUGCCAUUAGUCCUGGAAGGAAGAGAAGGGACACUAAGGAACCAGCAAGAUCUUCCGAGAAGAGUCUACUUAGUGAAAUCGCUGAAGGAUUACAACACUAACUUGAAUGAUGUAUCUCUUUUAGUUAACAUAAUUGAUCGAGACUAAUGGUCGACUGAUACUUUCGUACCUCAUCAUAGGUGUGUCCCAUCAUAGAUGUGCCCCGUCUGAUGUAUUGGAUGCACCCUCUUAGACUCAUCAUUCUGUAAAUGUUUGUCGACAAAGCCAUCGUGUUCACUUUUAAGACCAGUUGCUCGAAAAAGCUACACUACACAAACUGACAUUAAAAAAGGUUUAUUGAUAAUCACAAAUGGAUAUUAUGUUUGCAGAAAUUACUUGCUCAUCAAAUUAGGUGUUCAACCUAUACGUAACUUAAACGUAAUGCACAUAAAAUGACGUAACAAGGAUCGGGCGAUCUUAAUACUAUGGUAUAGCUUAUUUAAACCAAUUAACUUGU